AUGGCUGGAGCACCUCCAGCAUUGGUGCCCCCUCCUCCAGCAGCCCUUCCGCCCAACUUCAACGCUCUUCUGGCACAGCAGCAGCAGCAGCAGAGCCAGGCCGCUGGUCUGGCAGCUGUGCUUGGGCGCGCGGCACCAGGGGCCCCGGGUGGCUUGGCAUUUCCAGGCGGUCCGCCGCCACCAGGCCUCACCGCACCGGGGCUUGCGGGACUGGGUCUGCCGCCCGUCUCCGGUCUGCCUCCGCCCCCACCAGGCUUAGGUCUUCCAGGGCUUGGAGGCUUGCCAGAUCUGACUCAGCCUCCGCCGGGUCUAGGUCUUGCACCCCAGGCACCGCCUGGUCCCGCUCCUCCGCAGCUAGCCGUGGCUGGAGUGCCCCCUGCGCCUCCUGGCAUGAGCCCAGCUGCGCACGCCGCCGCGGCAGCGCAGGCGGCAAUCCAAACAGCACAAGUGAAGGCUGUCGCGGAGCAGGAGCAUCAGAAGGCGGCGCAGGCGGCACUUCAGGCGCAGGCUGCCAUCGAUGCCCAGGCAGCCCUGGACGCACACACAGCUGCCAGCCUCGCUGAGCUUCAGGCGCAAGCGCAGGCGCAUGCGCAGGCGCAGGUGCAGGCGCAAGCACAGGCGCAGGCACAGGCCCAAGCGCAAGCUCAAGCGCAAGUUCAAGCCCAGGGACAGCUGUCCCAAGCACCGCCCCCACCCGUUGGCUUUGGCCAGGACCAGGGCGGCCAAGCGCUGGUGCAGGCCCAUACCGCCAGCUUAGCCGAGCUUCAAGCGCAGGCGCAGGCCCACGCCCAGGCUCAGGUCCAUGCAGCUGAAGCCGCUGCGCGGUUCGCCCAGGAGCAGGCUCAAGCCGUCGCCGAGGCUCAGCAGCGUGCCGUGGUGCAGGCCCAAGCGCAGGCUGCCGCCGAACAAGCGAGGCUGCAGCAGCAGCAACAACAGCAGCAAAGAGAGCAGGCUAUUGCUCAGGCGAAACAACGCCGCGAGGAGAAGCUGAAGGAAGCGCAGAUGGAGAAGGAAGCGGAAGAGAAGCUGAGGUGUCAUCUUCACAAGAAGCCAAACUCGAAGUGCAAGUUCUGCAAGCGUCACCAGGACCAUGUGGCUGAGCGCGACGAGAGGAAGGCUGCAGCAGCCAAGGGAGCUGAGAAGGACAAACGGCUCGAUUUUAGCAACAUCCCACGCGGUGCCUUGGAGAUUGUCAGCACCAAGACUUACGGCUUCAGCCCACUGUUGCAAACGCACGUCGUGGAGUCCGCUCACUUCAAGGCCCUCCUUUCGUUGGAGUCGUUUGACCAAAUGAUCGAGGAGAUGAACCAGUUUGCGGACAACAUCGAACCGUAUAUGCCAAACAGCAACACGACGCCGUCAGCGCUUUUCUGCUGUCUCUACCGGCUCUUCACGAUGGGAAUUGAUAGCCGUCAGCUGAGGAGGCUCAUGGACAAUCCGGACAAUGCCUACAUCCGAUGUGUAGGUUUCCUUUUCGUUCGGUUCGGGCUGGCACCCGAUUCGCUCUGGAAUUGGCUGGGCGAGUACGUCCUGGACGACGAAGAGCUCCGUCCUGCGAAGGACUCAGAGUGGCGAACGACCAUCGGGGAAUUCGUGGAAGGUCUCCUGAGCCAAGACAAGUACUACUCCACGGUUUUGCCGCGGCUGCCCAUGUCCACGAAGAGGCAGCUUGAGGCGAAGCUGGCGCCCAUCCCGCAGAGCCGAAAGCGCGCCAAGUCGAACUUGGCCUUCCUCGAGGUGUACCGAGAACAGGGCGUCAAGGUGGAGGUGAGCUACGAAGGUGACUGGGUGACCGCCACUACGCUGGAGCUGAUUGAGGACAUACCCUCGCGGCUAAAAGUCUUGGUGAAGAUGGAACAUGACGAUAGCGAAAAGGUGUUCAGCCUAGGCCGGAUCAUUCUGUCAGACACAAGAUAUAAGGGAACCGUCGGCAGAAUGCCUCGGGGUCGUUCCCGGAGUCGUUCGCGAGACGGUGUAGAUUGGGCGCGGGAGAAGGGAAAGACAGACAAAGAGCUGGUAGAAGAGAUGCGCAAAGCAGACAGGGAAAAGGCAGUCUGCUCUUCCGGGAAGGAGUACGCGAGGAAACCGGUGGGCUACAAAGCGGCCUGUGCCCUGCCGCGAGAGCAAGGUGCAGCCAGCCAUCGGUUAAUGGAAGAGGAGACGUUUGUGCCCAUGAAGCAGGUUAGAAGGCGAAGUCCGUCGCCAAGCAAGGCGGAGCAGGACUUCCGUCGCAAUGCGCCGUCGGCUGAACAUCAGGCGCGCAUGCAGCAGCUGUUUGAGAAGUAUGGCAUGGCGAAGGGCUCAGAGGCCGGCAGGUCCGGCCAGGACAUCGACGGCCCGGAGAUGAUGCGCUUCGGUUAA